AUGUACUUCGCAUUCUUUGCGGUACUCGUACUCUCAAAUCUAGUUGUUGCUGUUGCUGGAGGGUUCGAUCAGUUCGCAGUGGCUGCAAAGGAAGACCCGACCACGACGUUCAGUCUUGCGCCAACAGCCCUGAACGAUGUUCAAGAGCUGAAUGCGCUUCUGCAACCAAGCCAAGCCAAUGUGAUUGCCCUGCAAAAUUCUGAGACUGCGCUGGAUGCUGUUGAAAGAUUUGGCGCCGCUGUUGAUUCUUUGGGUGGGAUCAUUGACAGUUUGGAAGCUGAAGGAGCAUUGCAUCCCGAUGUGGUUCCUAUCUUCAAGCACAUCAAGACUGAACUUCAAGUGGCUUCCUUGCAGUCCACAGAAAUAGUGCUGGAGCUAUCAGAUUCCAUGCAGAAUAUGCAGCUGUCCGGUGGGAGACACCUAGAUAGCUCCAGUGAGGAUAAUGACGACAAUGAUGAGCUGGACAGUGAGGAUGACAACGAAUUCAAAGAAUACAGUAGUAAUGAAGAGCAAAGCCAUCACCAAUGGACUGGCUGGCAGAAAAAGGCUAAUACCCACCAUGAAACCAUUCGUGAUCACCCAAAACUUCGCCGACACUUUGACAUGCAUGAUGCCAUUUUCUCUGGCAACAUUGAUUUCAUUUAUGAAAUGGCUGACGACAUGGAAAGUUACCACACAAGUGAGAGGACGCACAGGCGAUUGGAGGAUGAACCUGACUACCGGUACCAACAAUGCAAAAAGCUUAUAGGAUGCAUCGAAGAGUUUUCUCUGUAUGAUAUUGUCAACUACUACUAUGGCCCAUAUAUUGACAAGGAUAAGGGCACACUUCCCAACCAGACAGAGAUGUUUCUUGCUGACGCCAAUGGUACCGACAACAUUCAUGCACACGUACAGCGUAUCACAUCAUACAUGAAGGAGGCCAAGGAAAAUGACUACAUGGACAGCACAUGUGUCAGUCUGCUUCAACAAUUCCACACCAACGAGAAGAAGGAGAACUACACUAUAUAUGUUGGUCCAACAGUAACAAAAGUUUGUCGAGCACGAGGGAGCACAAAGUUCGUGAAAAUUGAUGAGGUUCGCACAAAGAUUGGUGAAGGAAUUGCGAACAGGCUUUUUGAUGAUCUCGUGAGGUGUGCUUCUACGAUCGAGGAUAGCAAGGGCGAUGUUGACAAUACAUUCUUUGAUGAAUACAACUUUCCACAACUGCCAAUUUCUAUCCACCAAGAUAAACAUGGUGCCGCCACUGAAUCCUUUUGGACCGGUAACUCCUUAGAAAAUGAUGUCAGACACCAUUAUAGCUUUAAAAAAGCAAACCCCAUGAAGGUUGCCCGCAGCAAGGAUGGCAAGUUCAUGCCCUUCCAAGAUAUCUUAGACAUUGAUGAGGAUUGUGUGGCAAGAGUGAAUGCUAUCUAUGUUGACAUAUACAAAAAACAAAAGACUGCUCUCUUCACAGAUGGAUACAAUGAGACUGUUGACUAUCCCCCAAUCCAAGUGCUGGCAGAUGGUGCAAUGAAAAAGGUUUACAUUGGCAUUGGCACUGAAACCAGCACAGCCGAGCAGGUCUGUGAGAUUGGUGCCUGGUUUGCGCAUUGUCCAACAGACAAAACCAAAAUAGUAGGAGAUGAUGAUGACUUCUGGGAUGUGUGCAAGACUGGCUGGACCUCUUUUGGAGUGGAUGGGCUAUUUCUUGGAAAUGAUCCUGGCGAACUUGACUUGGCCAUGCGAAUGACAAUUGGAGACUCGAUGUCUGUUGGCAUGGUGUGUGCCUUUGCAGAGGCGACAAAGAAAAGGCCAAAAUAUACUGUCCCUGGGUGGUGCUGCAUGGACACUCCAUCAGUAGCUACAUCUUGGGGUGAUGACUAUUCGUGUGACCAAGGGGUAGACAGAUGUAACAAUAAGGCCCCCCUCCUGGCGGGUCUAAGUCAGUCUGCCUGUGACCCAUGGUCUGGAAAGUGGUGCUCAUACCCAAGGGAUUGCUCUAGCCUGAUCAGAUGCGUCCAAAGUGAAAUUGAUUGGGCAAAACAAAACAACAAAAAUGGCUACAAGAAGUAUCUGACCACUGCACCUCAGGUCGCCAAAAGGGACAGUCUGUCAGAGUGUGGGUCUGUUCGGGAGUACUUUGGAUUCCAUAAGAAUUACCCAAAUGAUCACGAGAUUUGUGAUGACCUGAAAGAUUUGAGAACAAACCAUCAUUUUGCGCACACGGACAAAUCCUCAUCAAAUAAGGAAGGCAACAAGAAGACAUCAUACGCAACCGUGACAUUGGCAAAACAGGCAGAGCUGUCAGAACCAGACAAACCUGAUACCACGGAUGCAGAGUUCUCAAAAUUGGAUAGUCAGGUGUCAGCUCUAACGGUCACAAUCACGGGUCUCCAGCAAGUUUCAGACAUUGCAGGCUUCCUUGAAUGUCCUGCUGAUUUCACUGGUGCUGUUCAAACAGUAUGUGCAGCGGUAAAAAACGUAGCAUCAGUCAUUGCUGUGGUAGCUUCAAGCGUCAUGCAAGUUAUUGCCAACACUGUUGAUGACAGCAUACCAUCUUUAAGCAACUACCAACAAUACGAGAUCUAUCAAAACAUGGAUGUUGUCUAUGAUAACAUGAAGAUCUUGAACAAAGGCAUUGCUGACCUGAAGACCGGACUAGGCCAGAUAAGGUUUCCCGCAAGGCGACGACUUGCCAAGUUUGCUGGGUGUGAUGGGUUGGACCAAGAUGGGGAUGGCAUCAGCGACAACUGUGAAGAGGAUCUCUCUCCGCCAGAGCUUCUUGUGCCUCCCGCAUUUGAGGAAUGGAGACUAGAAUCAUUAGAGCAUGUUCACUCUGCCUGGCACGUCCCUGACAUGACUUUUAAGAGCAACUCAGAGGCUGUAUCCUAUCUGAAACGGACUCUUCAACUUGAAGAUGACUGUGCUCCUCUUUCUGAUUUGAAACUAAACAUCACAGCUAUGGAUGCAGGAGAACCUCAGCAGUGCAUGCAUACAUUCCAAGCAACUCCUAUUCACUACUGCGAUGGUGCCCCCUCAGCUUUCGGGGCUGAAAGGCACUUCCACUUGAAAGUUGAUUCGACCACUCCGACCUUGAGUUGUGGCUUCAAAUAUGGAAGAAAAGUGCUGGUGAUGCAGGCAGAAAGCAAUGCUGGGAGCCAGCUAGUCAAUACUGGUUUCUUCUACAACAUUUCUGAAUUGUGCUCCGACUCUGUGAGGCUGGAUGUUUCUGUCAGAAGCGAUGAGUAUGAUGGUGAUGCACUCAUGGUCAAGGGCCUUGUGUUUGAACACAAUGGGAUAGAGCUUCCAGAAAUUUGGGUCUCUCCAACAACAUGUCAUGCAAAGUCACAUGCAAGGAGCGGCGGCUUCUGCAGGACAGGUGAUGCAUCUCUUGGCAAAACACGCAUCUAUGACAUCUCCGUUGCUGCCACAGACCAAGCUGGUUGGAGCACCAGUGAGACUUGCACUGUCAUCGUGAUCGCCAACGAAUCGACAUCAAGCCUGGAUAUACAACAAGACGAUUUGGCUCCAUGGCUUCGAUUGGGUGUUACGGAGGAAGACUUUCGGGGCAUGCUAACAGUGAGAAAGACCACUAUUGAGCGGUUUUCUUUUCAUUGGAGAAAGGUGCAACCAGAAGCACAAAACAGCUACCGGUAG